AUGGCUUACGAUGUUCUUAAAGAGCAUAAUUUCAACAUAAUCCCAAACGCCAGGAAAUUGUGGGCGGAGCUUUGUAGACUCUAUUUGAUAGAAGCUAGAUGGUAUAACAGUGGGUAUUUUCCCAGCCUGAGUGAGUACCUCAACAUAGCCGUGACAUCCUCAACAGGACCUUUGCUUCUUUUUCAUGCUUUUGUUACCACAAUAAACCCAUUAACAAAGAAGGAUCUGGGACGUCUGGAGCAAAAACCCGGUAUCAUUCACUGGCCAUCACUGAUUCUUCGUCUAAUAGAUGACUUGGGAACUUCGACUGAUGAACUCAAGAGAGGUGAUGUUCCAAAAUCAAUCCAGUGUUACAUGAAUGACACAGGCUGUUCCGAAGAGGAUGCUAGAGACCACAUUCAGAAUCUAGUAGAUGUGACAUUGAAGAAAUUGAAUAAAGAUAUACUAAUGGACUGCUCCUUCAAGGAUUUAGUUGGUCCUGCACUUAAUCUGGCAAAGAUUUCUCGAUGCAUUUACCUGUAUGGAGAUGGAUUUGGAGUUCCUCAUCUCCAGACUAAAAAGGACUUAACUUCAUUAAUUGUUGAACCAAUUCCACUGCAACAAUUCCGUGGGGAUGUGUAA